AUGAAGUCCUACCACAUAAUCUUGGUGGUAUUGUGGAGUUACAGUGGGCUGGCUACCGCCGACAUAGACCGUCGGCGAUUCUCCAACCCGACUUACUACAACGUGGGGGGCGUGCUGUCUAGCAACGAGUCUGUCGCUUUCUUCAAAGAUACUAUUUCUAAUCUAAACUUCAAAGACAAGUAUGUGCCGAGAGGGGUCACCUAUCACGACUAUUCCAUACUGAUGGAUCCCAAUCCCAUCAAAACUGCUCUGAACGUCUGCAAGGAUCUUAUUGCUCAUCGGGUAUACGCAGUGGUGGUCUCCCACCCUCUAACCGGCGACUUAUCCCCAGCAGCAGUGUCCUACACGAGCGGUUUCUACCACAUCCCGGUCAUCGGGAUAUCAUCCCGGGAUUCCGCAUUUUCCGACAAAAACAUCCACGUGUCGUUUCUGCGGACUGUACCUCCGUACUCCCACCAGGCUGAUGUCUGGGUCGAUGUAUUGAAACACUUCAAUUAUAUGAAAGUGAUCUUUAUACACAGUUCCGAUACUGAUGGCCGAGCGAUUCUGGGGCGGUUCCAAACAACCUCCCAGAGCGUGGACGAGGACGUAGAACGCAAGGUGGUGGUGGAGCAGGUGAUCGAGUUCGAGCCCGGCCUGGACUCCUUCUCCGACAAGCUGCUGGAUGUUAGAGGCGCGCAGGCGCGGGUCUUCCUCAUGUAUGCCAGCAAAAUGGACGCGGAGAUAAUCUUCCGCGACGCCAGCCUGCUCAACAUGACGGCGGCGGGCUACGUGUGGGUGGUCUCCGAGCAGGCGCUGGACGCCGCCAACGCGCCCGAGGGGCUGCUGGGCCUGCGCCUCGUCAACGCCACCAAUGAGCACGCGCACAUACAGGACUCCAUCUACGUCCUAGCAUCAGCAAUCCGCGACAUGAACAACUCUGAAGAGAUCCACGCGCCUCCGUCAGACUGCGACAACUCGGGCUCCAUCUGGACCACCGGCCGUCUUCUCUUCGACUACAUCCGUAAACAAACCCUGGACAGUGGUGCUACGGGCCAUGUAGCGUUUGAUGAUCAUGGAGACAGGGUGCACGCCGAGUAUGACAUGGUCAAUGUGAGGGCGCAGGGCGAGCAUGUGGCUGUGGGGAAAUAUUUCUAUUCUAAGGAAGCACACAGAAUGAGACUUGAGCUAAAAGAAAAUGACAUAAUUUGGAUGGGGCGUAGUCCAUCGAAGCCUGAAGGUUUCAUGAUACCAACGCAUUUGAAGGUGCUAACUAUCGAAGAAAAACCGUUCGUUUAUGCUCGAAAAAUCGAAGAUGGAAGCGACUGCAGUGAGGAAGAAAUUCCUUGCCCUCAUUAUAACUCUACUGAUGAUUCAGAUCAAAUGUACUGCUGCAAAGGAUUCUGCAUGGAUCUUCUCAAAUCUUUAUCGAAGUCAACAAACUUCACUUAUUCUCUGGCUUUGUCUCCCGAUGGGCAAUUCGGAAGCUACAUCAUCAAAAACCUAUCCAUGCCAGGAGCUAAGAAAGAAUGGACUGGGCUUAUAGGUGAAUUGGUAUACGAGCGAGCCGACAUGAUUGUUGCACCAUUAACCAUCAAUCCUGAGAGGGCAGAGUUCAUUGAAUUCAGUAAACCCUUUAAAUAUCAGGGCAUAACUAUUUUGGAAAAGAAGCCUUCGCGAUCGUCCACACUUGUGUCUUUCUUGCAACCGUUUUCCAACACUCUAUGGAUCCUUGUAAUGGUUUCGGUCCACGUGGUUGCUUUGGUCUUGUAUCUUCUGGACCGAUUCUCCCCAUUCGGAAGGUUUAAGCUGGCUAAUAUUGAUGGGACCGAAGAAGAUGCUUUGAAUUUAUCCAGUGCUAUAUGGUUUGCUUGGGGAGUUCUCUUGAACAGUGGGAUUGGGGAAGGUACUCCGCGCAGUUUCUCAGCCAGAGUUCUGGGCAUGGUUUGGGCAGGAUUCGCUAUGAUCAUCGUCGCCUCAUACACUGCCAACUUGGCUGCCUUCCUCGUGCUCGAAAGGCCAAAGACCAAACUGACUGGAAUUAAUGAUGCUAGGCUUCGGAACACAAUGGAGAAUCUGACAUGUGCCACCGUAAAGGGGUCAGCUGUGGACAUGUACUUCAGGCGGCAAGUGGAACUAUCCAAUAUGUACAGAACAAUGGAAGCUAACAACUACGACAGUGCUGAGAAGGCUAUUGAAGAUGUUAAACAGGGAAAACUUAUGGCAUUUAUCUGGGAUUCCUCUCGUUUGGAGUUUGAAGCAGCUCAAGAUUGCGAGUUGGUGACAGCGGGAGAACUCUUCGGCAGAUCUGGUUACGGGAUAGGACUCCAAAAAGGAUCCCCAUGGGCUGAUCUUGUCACUUUAGCCAUAUUGGACUUUCAUGAAAGCGGCGUAAUGGAAACACUGGACAAUCAAUGGAUUUUACGAAACAACAUGUUGAAUUGCGAAGAGAAUGAAAAGACCCCAAACACUUUAGGCUUGAAGAACAUGGCUGGAGUGUUUAUACUGGUGCUAGCUGGUAUCAUUGGUGGUGUCUUCCUUAUUAUUAUAGAGGUGGUGUAUAAGAGACACCAGAUAAAGAAGCAAAAGAAACUGGAAAUCGCCAGACAUGCUGCUGAUAAAUGGCGUGGAACUAUUGAGAAACGCAAGACGCUACGAGCGUCGAUCCUGCCAAAUCAACGUCGUGCGAAGUCGAAUGGAGUGAAGGAAGCUGGCAGCAUCAGCCUGGCCGUGGAAAGAGGCGUGGUGAGACGACGUGACGAGCCGCGGGUGCCGAGAUACCUGCCCGCCUACACGCCUGAUGUGUCGCAUCUGGUUGUGUAAACUCUUUGGUUGCUUUGUCUAUGGUUUGAUUUGUUAUGGCGGGAACGUGAUCACGUGAGGUUAAACAAGAGCUAUAGCGUCACGUGCAACUUGGGUUAGAUUAAAUUGAUUUCAAUGAGUAAUCUACGGGUCAUAAGAACAUUUAAAAAAUGCCAUAAGUUAUUUUUGGGGAUAAAUUUUCAAGUUUAUUUUAAUACAUUAUUUCGAUUUCGCAAAAAGUCACGAGUUCUUAUUGUAAUUUUUGUAAACUUAUUUUUUUUAUCUAUACUUAGAAUUUUUUUGCCGAGCAAAAAUUUAAUCACCAGUUGAUUGAGCCCCUUUUGGUGAACAAUAUUUUUUGCAACCUCCUGUACCUA